AUGGAUUUCACGCGGCGCAGGAUCGCCGAUAUCAGCUCAUACAUACCAACAUCAACCCUCAAAUCUCGUGGCGAAGCCGCUCCUGCAGAUGCUGAGGCAACUCCAAACUAUCACUCAAAUCUCGAUGGUGUAAACCAACCUAUGAAUUUACUUUUUAAAGAUGCCUUGUGGUGGACCUUGGGCAUCAUGGCCCUUGUUGUCCUGUCCAUCAGAAUAAUUGAAAUCCUGUGGAUGAGACUCCGCCAGGUGUCUGCCAUGAAUGUGUCCGGCUCCAAGCAAGCGUACUGGAGAAUAUCUCAAUGGAGCUGGAUGCCAAACGUCAAGAAGAACCUCAUAUACGCUCCUCUGUGGAACAAACGUCACAACCGAGAGUUCAAGUUAUCCUCUGCCAUUAGCAUGGGAACUCUUCCUUCACGACUUCACUUCAUCAUCCUCUUCAUCUAUCUGGGCAGCAACUUCGCCUAUAUGUUCGUCCUCAACUGGCACAACGAGAACAAGCUUGCUUUCUGUGCCGAGUUACGAGGCCGCUCAGGAACCUUGGCCCUUGUCAACAUGGUGCCCUUGAUCAUUUUCGCUGGGCGCAACAACCUCCUCAUUGGCCUGCUCAAGAUCAGUUUCGACACCUACAAUCUCCUACAUCGAUGGAUGGGUCGUAUUGUGGUCCUCGAGUCUAUCAUCCACACUAUCGCCUGGCUCAUUGUCGCCGUCGACGACUUGGGUUGGGAUGGUGUUGGUCAUAAACUUUCCCAUGGACUUUUUGAAGGUUCGGGAGCCGUUGGCACGGUUGCUAUGACCUUCCUCCUUCUGCUUUCCGUUUCGCCUUUGCGUCAUGCCUUUUACGAGACUUUCCUCAACGUUCACAUUGUCCUAGCCUUCGUUGCCUUCGUCGCUACAUGGAUACACUGUGCUUCGUCUGCACUCAAAGGUGGUCUACCUCAACUUCCCUGGAUCAUGGCUAUCAUGGCCAUCUGGUUCGCCGACCGCCUAGCUCGUAUGCUCCGGAUUGUCUUUGUCAACUGGUCUUCCAAGGGGUGGACUGAUGCGGUGUGCGAGGCUAUGCCCGGCAAUGUCACUCGAGUCACCCUCCACUUACCGCGAUAUGUCGAUAUCGAGCCUGGUACUCACGCGUACCUGCGCUUUUGGGGUCUUUGUGCCUGGGAGAGCCAUCCUUUCUCUAUCUGCUGGGUCAAUCAUGUACGCGAUAACAGCUUACCGAUUACGGAAAAGGAUCCUCUCCACGCAGUCGACAAGUCAACUAUGACCACUACAGUCUCUUUCCUGAUUGGAGCCCAGACAGGCUUCACUAAGAAACUCUUUGACCGUGCCUCCAGAUGCCCGCGAGGUCUCCGUAUCAAGGCUGCAAUGGAAGGCCCCUACGCCGGACACAACAGCCUUGAUUCAUAUGGCCACGCAGUCCUUUUUGCCGGCUCCACUGGAAUUACUCACCAAAUCUCCUACAUCCGCCAUCUCCUCGAAGGAUACAACCAGGGCACUACUGCUGCUCGACGCAUUACACUUGUCUGGAUCAUCCGCGAAUACGAAUCUCUCGAGUGGGUGCGGCCCUACAUGGAUACGAUUCUUCGUAUUCCAAACCGAAAAGACAUCCUCCGCAUCCAGAUCUUCGUUACCCGUCCUCAGAACCCACGCGAUAUUGUCAGUGCUAGCGCCACAGUGCGCAUGUUCCCAGGACGGCCAAACGUCCCACUCAUCCUGGCCCGAGAGGUGCAAGAGCAGAUGGGUGCCAUGUGCGUCACAGUCUGUGGCCCUGGUGCUCUUGCUGAUGAUGUUCGGGGUGCUGCCCGAGCAGUGCAGGGCUCAACCGUGGUGGACUUUGUGGAAGAAAGCUUUACGUGGUGA